AUGACGAUGGAAAUUAAUAAUAAGGAGGAUGAAAAUCUCUCUAGCUUUAAAAGGAAUCUCAGGAAGAUGAUUCAACUGGAGGAGGAGGCCAAGAAGAGGAGAGAAGAUCAAAGGUCCCGGAAGCUGGUCUCUAUCAGGGUUGGGAAGAUUGAGGGAAUGGGAGAGUCACCUGAAAGAAAAUUUGUUCAGGACAGGAAAAGGGUAUUUGAAGAGCCAAAGGUGGAAUAUGAAGGAGAAGGAAAAGUAAGAGAGAGGAUAGAAAGUUUCAGCAAGAAGGAUGAUGGUGUGGACGAAAGGAUUUUAGGCGAAGAAGAAAAGAAGGGUUUUGUUUAUGAUAAAGACCAUGGAAGGAAUGGAGAAGAGGCCCAAAACAGCACCAAUGCUGAGAGGAAGGGUAGUGAGAGCCUGAAGAUUGUAGAAGAAUGUAAGAUAAGUGUCAACAGAGAGGUAUUGGAAUCUGGACCUAAAUAUAAAGACGAAGAAGCAGAGGAUGAAUGCUUCAAAGAGAUUUCCGUUGAAGACAUCAAAAAGAGCCUCCUUGCAGAAUUAGAUUCGGAGAGGGAAAGUGAAGCAGAUAUCAUAAGUACUGUGAUGAAGUCUGAAAACUCAGCACCUUCGCAGCAGGAAGUUAUAUAUGUUGACAGAGAAAGUAGUUCUUUGGAAACAGAAAAGAACCCAUAUAACAUAGGGUGUAAUGUAUAUGCUUACGACAUCCACUAUAAGAUCUCUGAUCUGUCUUGGGGGAACCCAUCUGGACAUAUAACUCCUAAUGAAAAAGAACCAUCGAUUAGUAGCAACAAAAGUCCUGUAAGGGAACAUGGAGACGUUAAUCUGGAGGAUGGACCUGUAACUUACCAAGAUCUUGACGAGGAAAAGGAGGAGAAGGGAUGGUUUUCUUUGAUAUUUGAGUCCGUUUUUUCUAUCUGCUGUGGUAAGUAG